AUGGCGUCUCGGUUCUGGUCACUUCCUUUGCCCGUAACACAAGGACGCCCACGCCUUUGGCCCGGUCCGCAUUCCCCGGCCUACAAAUGCCAACUCUGCGAAUACCACCAACUUGCUCGAUACGCCGCGGAAAUCACGAUCACAAUAGCUUCCACCAUUGAGGCCGAAGUACCUCAUAGCAACUUUGACACCAUACUUGUACUCGACUUCGGCUCACAAACUAGCCAUCUUAUUCUGCGACGGCUACGGGCUCUUGGCGUCUUCGCUGAGCUACUUUCGUGUACCACCAAGGUCGCUGAGCUGCCAUGGAAGCCCAAAGGAAAUAUCUUCUCUGGAGGUGUCAAAUCUCUUGAUGUAUGUUUCCGUCUCCCAAACGUCCCGUUACAUGUGCUCAUAUGUGUAGAUGUUGAUCCUGCUGUUUUUGAACUUGAUGUACCCAUUCUUGGUAUUUGGUACGGCUUGCUCCAACAUCCAUCGAUACACGCUAUGACACUAACAUCAUUGACCCCAGCUAUGGUUGCCAGGAGAUCGCUUGGCGAAUCGACGCAAAAAAUGUUGUUCGCGGAGAGGCACGAGCAGGACUUUGUGGUUAUUGCUGCCACCAAGAAAUCAGAGUUCGCUGGCAUCGCCCACGAGGAGAAGCCUAUCUUUGGUGUCCAGUUUCAUCCUGAGCUCGAACACACCCCCCGCGGAUCCGAUAUCCUGUUCAACUUCAGCGUCGAUAUCUGCGGAGCUCGACCAAACUGGAAAAUGGGCAACUUUGUUGAGCUCGAGAUCGCUCGCAUCGGGGAUCUUCUUGGUCCCAAAGCUCUCGUCAUUGGUGGCGUAAGUGGCGGUGUCGACAGCACUGUAGGAGCGACUUUGAUGCGUGAAGCCAUUGGGGACCGCUUCAUCGCGACAGGUAUAAACAAUGGCUGUAUGCGUCGCAACGAGUUCGAGGAGGUCAAGAAAAAUCUCAGCGACCACCUCGGUAUCAAUCCCACCGUUGUCGUUGCCGGCGAGCUGUUCUUGAGUCGGCUUGCGGGUGUUUCCGAUCCCGAAAAGAAGCGAAAGAUAAUUGGGUCGACUAUCGAAAAAGAAGCAGAAAACACACCAGAUUCCGGGAAGGUCGAGUGGUUCUUGCAAGGGACACUAUACCCUGAUGUCAUUUCAGUAUCGAGUCAGACCCUCAGCGACAAUCAAGAGAAGAGGAAAGUUGGCGCCUCUGCAGCCCACCAUAAUACUGGCUGUUUGCCCGAGCGUGUAGCGAAUGAUGAAUGGCCAAGGCUUACGUCUAUCGAGCCGCUCCGACUUUUAUUCAGAGAUGAAGUGAGGGCAAUUGGUCGGCAACUCGGCAUACACGAGUCGCUGGUAAACAGGCACCCAUUCCCCGGACCGGAAAUUGCCAUUAGGAUUCUUGGCGACGUUACCAAGGAGCGAGUUGAGAUCGCCCGCAAGGCUGACAAUAUCUUCAUCAACAUGAUCAAGGAGGCUGGCCUUUACGACCAGAUGUCCCAAGCCUUUGCUAGUCUUGAUACUAGCCGUAGUGUUGGUGUUUUUGGUGAUGUGCGCGUUUGGGGUUACAUUGUAAUCCUCCGCGCUGUUCGUACGAAAGACUUUAUGAGCGCUGAGGUGUUCAACUUUGACAACUCAUUCCUCCAGGAUGUCUCGCGUGCCAUUUGCAAUCAGGUAGAUGGUGUGUCCCGUGUUGUCUAUGAUUUAACUUCAGAUUCUCCUGGCUCUAUGGAGCUGGAACAGGCGGCAUAA